AUUGGUCUAUAUUAUUUUUCGUCUGCCACAAAAUUAUACAAAAUCUUACAAUCACUAUAUGAAAAUAAAAUGUAUUAUAUGGGUUUAAACCUUUGUUUUCGCUUGGAAUUAAUAUAAAAUAAGGAUGACUAAUUCUUAUUUUCCAUUUUUACCGAGUCAAGUCUCUUUUUUAAUCUUGGGUUUUUUAAGAGAAGAGAAAUAUAAAAGAACUUACAAUGCGUUUAUAGACGAAUGUGCUCAUUUAAAAACUCUAGUUGAUCAGGGCUACGAUGUAGAUUCGUACACAAGUUUACAUGAUGGAACAAGGCUUUCCGAUAUUUUAGCCGAUUAUGGUCGAAGAGCUCGAGAACGACAAAAAGGUUCAAAAGGUCAAAUAGACUCUACUAGGUCUAAAUGUUCAAGUUGCGAAAGAGCACAAAAUAAUGAUAAACAAAAGUCAGAAAGGGGCUGCAGCCCUAUAAAAGAAAUUAUUGAAAAGUUUGAUAAGAACAAUUAUCAAAUAGUUAACAGUCUAAAUAACAGUGAAAUGACUACGCCUUUCGAUCAUAGUAUAUCAACUGAAGAAAGUAAUAGUAUUAGUUCUGAUAUACUAGAUACAUCAAGGUCAGCCAGUUUGCGUCGAAAGAAGAGCCAACCAACAAAGAAAAGAGUCGAUGAUAAUAGAGCCACCGAAAAAGAAAAAAUAGAAAAAUUAGUAGAAACCAUGGAAAAAAGUGACUUACCAGCUAGAAUAGCUAGAAAGAUUAAUAAUGUUAAACAGCAGGAUAUUGAAGUUUCUAGUAAUACAUUAGUUCCUUCUGGUACUAUAGGAUUUAAUCAAAAUACUUCUAUUCAUGAACCUGAUCUAAGUAUUGAUAGCAGCUUAUUAGAAUGUCUAAAUUCCGUGACAAAUGAUAUCAUAACCCCGGAGACACAAUCUAUGAUAGAUGGAAUUCUAUUUGAUGCGGAACCAAUAAAAAACAUGACUACAAUUACUAAAAUAGAGGAGACCAGCGAUGGAUGCGUUGUUCAAAUUACCGAGGAUAAACAUUCUACUAAUCAUGAUAUCAACAAUCAAACUGGUAAAGCUCCACAGAAACGAAUUACACCUAAACCCGUAAACGACAAUCUUGAAUAUAAAGAAACAGCAUUUAAUCAAAAAUUAAAACAAGCUGAUAACUUUGCUCAUAAACGACUUAUUCUACCACAACCAAGAGAAUUCUUAAGUCCUGUUGGAGUUGGACCUUCCAUACCGAUACCAUGGAGGAAGAAGAAGCGAAAAAAUGGUAGCUGCGGCUUAAAUGUCAACGAACCGAAAAAAAAUAGAUUAAUAUUGAAAGCAGCUGAAAAAUGCUCAGAUAAUAUAAUAAUUCCGCAAAAUCGGAUUAUUAUCCAAAAAAGACUUGAUAGUAGUCCAUCUAUACAACCUUCUAAUUCUUGUCCUGCUCCAUCAUUAUUAGUAGCUGAGAAAAAACCCAGGAGGGUAAAGACUGUUCAAAUUUCAUCCAAUGAAAAAGCUUCACAGGAAUCGAAAGAAACAUCAAUUAAUGAAAAUAUUCCUAACGGUGCUUCAACUUCCGAUUCGACUAAUCCAAUUGUCAAUAGUAAGCUAGUCCUUUCAGCUGCAAAUUCCGAAAUGGAUAUGGAAGCUUUACUAAACAUGCUACAUAAGCCUAACUAA